CGAAUAGUAAAAUUCUCGCCUGUAGCGCAGAUGUUCAUAUUUUAGUGUAACGUGUUUGAAACCACGCCCAAUUUAAAAAAAACGAUUACGUCAUAUUUGCUGGGUAAAUUUGUGCACGCUACGCUAAAGUAACCGCAUGAAAUAUUUAUAAGCAAAGAAAGCUAAGCGCUAUGCAGAAUAAAACAAUUCACUUUGACGUUUAAUUUUAUGGUUGAAGGGCUGGCGCUCUGUGUAUGUGUGUGUUAAUGUAUAUAAGUGUCGCCUUGCGGGUAAUACUGUAGCAAAUUUUGUUGUGAAUUUACUUUUAUUCUAUUGUAUACGUAUAUGAUAGUAAGGUGUUGGAAAAAGCUAUGUGAGAAGUUUUAAAUCCGUGUAGCUAUUUUUUUGCAAUCGUUUGUUUGUUGUUAGUUUGUGGCUACAACACAUGCAAUGAGCUACGUCUAUAAAACUGUUUCCUUACAACUCCCAUAGACCGUUGUUAAUUGUUUAAAACACGAUCCGGAUAUUUGGAUAUUAUGUUCUAAAAGUGCCCCAUCUUCCCCCACACUACUAUACUUAUAAAUGCGUAUAUGUUUAUUUCAGCAUUGUGCAUAGAGCAAUGUUAACUGUUGGACAAUACGAUUUGUUGACCUCAUAAUUAAUCAUGAUGAUAGUUGAACGUGGUAGCGGGCAACUCCCCCCCACUGUAAGUUAUUUUCUCCUUGAUGACGUAGAAACCACGUUUGUUCCACAAACUCAAAGAAUCAAUGACGUAUCUUCCAAAAACCUAACUUCCGGUUACGUCACAACACCGACGCGAUCAAGCGGAACGGGAGACAGAAACGCAAGAAUUUUGGAAAGACCGUCUUUUGGGAAUUUUGUCUCGAGUUUUAACGAACGGCUGGAAAAAACAACGAACACAAACUCUACAAAGUUGGGCCAAGUCUAUAACGGGAACUACAUAACAGUGGUAUGCGCUGUGUCAGGAACUGUUGGACUUAUCGUUGGCAUCAUAGUCGCUAUGUUCGUUUUCACACAGCUUGCGAAACGUCGGAAUUGUGCAAACAGGCAAAUGCGCAAAACAACCACCAUUAAAAGCAACCCAACGGAACAAACUUUUGAACCUCUUGACCUGUCACUCACGUUGCCUAGUUACGACCAUAAAACGGAUGAGCGGAAGACGAUUAAAAAAUAUCCUUCAAGUUCAGCGUCGGAAAAAGAUUUUAAAGCCCAGUAUUUUAAAGCAAGGAAUUAUUUAGCCGAAUGCAGGGAAUGUUCAUACCAUGGAUACGACGCACCUUCCCCACCAACUACAACGGCUCGCGUUACAAGAGGGGUUUGCAAGGAUUAUUCGCAUCGGGAUCGAAUGAAAAACAGCUUCAGCAGCCGAUUCUAUUGCCCAUAUAACUCAAAACGUAGCGAGAGUUCGACGGUGAAAAAGAUCGACAGUUUCAGCAGCAAGUACGAGAGAUACACCAACGGGGAGACAUUUCAAUACGAAGAAUCACAAGAAACUUGCCAUGAGACAUUCGACAUCAACUCGUCCGUCCUGCGAAACAAAGUCAAAUGUACUUCCAUAAACGUUGGUGCUUACGGUAUACAUGUUGGUUUAUACGAAACAAGGAACAAAACUUCAUCUACGUUUUGCAACAGUUACUUCAUACCGAGCGGUGUAUCUACACCACAAGCGAAACCAGAUAAUAUCAUAAACUUAUAA